AUGGCGGCAGUUCAGCAGUUAGUCACUGCGCCAGGACCGACGCCCAUCUCCACCAUGUCCCCCAACGGACUCGCUUCCAGCAGCAACGGCGCUGGUCCUGCCAUUGACGUGCACACCGCGGCUUCUGGAGCGAUGCAGCAGCAAAGGCAACCGGCCAGUCGCCCUCAGUGCGGAGACGCUCGCAUCGUCGCAAUCGUCUAUAACCAGGGGAAAGACAAGAUCGUGUCUGUCUUCGCCAGUGUUUUGGGCCGGCCGUUCAUAUUGAAGCGAUCCUUUGGAGAGAUUGAUGAGAUGGACCAGGGCCACGUAAUCAGUCCUCACAAGUCCUUGAUGGAGAAGCCGAGGACGUAUUUCAUUUCUACGACGUUUCCUGACGUCCGAGCCGCCCUCCCCAACCUCGACAUACUCACCGUCGGAGCCGACGCCGUUGAGAUCCGAGUCGACCUACUUAAAGAGCCCCUGAGCGAGGGAAAAUUUGCAUCUAUACCAAGCUUGGAUUACGUUGGCCGGCAAGUCAUGCUCCUUCGCCAGACCACGGAACUCCCCAUUAUCUUUACGACGAGAUUGGGGGUGGAGUAUAUCGACGUCGAACUGUGGCUCCCGGAAGCCAUCCGGCGGCGGUUGUGGGAGCUCAAAGGCAAUAGCCGCAUCAUGUCAGCCUUCCACGAUUUCUCGGGCACUUUCAAGUGGCCGUCACCCCAUGCGCAAGCGAUAUUCCUCGAGUCCUGCCGAUACGCCGACAUCGUAAAGAUGAUUGCCAUCAUAAACGACCACAACGAAAACUUUGAGCUUGAGUACUUCCGGUCCAAGAUGCGGACUGAUUUCCCAGACUCACCACCGUUAUCCGCCGUCAACAUGGGCGAGACUGGGCAGUUCUCACGGACGUUAAACAAGGUGUUUUGCCCCAUCACGCACCCAUUGCUCCCAAUCAUUGCCGCCCCUGGCCAGAUGAGCGCGGCAGAGAUCAACGCCGCCCUCUCUCUGCUCGGCCAGCUGCCGAAAAAGAGCAUGUACGGCAUCCACAGCAGCGCUUCUACCCGCAUCGCAACGCCGCAGGCUCCCUUUACGAGAACUUACUGCGGCCAUCCAGCCGUUGUUCUAGCCUCCUCUUCCGACGAUGCUGCCUCUGCCCUAUACGCUCUCAAGGCUUUGAAAGUGCCAGAGGAGCAAAAGGUCUUCCUUGACCUUGCCGAUGGCGCAACAAAGACGACGGCCGCUGCGGCAGGGCUAGGAUUCGUAGCCUACGGCGCCGAGGAUGUCGUGGCUUUCACCACUGUGCAGACGAUUCGAGGGCUUGUGGGACAGAAUGUCCCUUAUAGCUUUGUAAGGUUGGCGGGAGGAAGGGGUCUCUAUUGA